ACUGAAGGGUCCGUCCUGUUUGGCAACCACUAUAACUCAUAAAAUACAGUCCAAGUACAGUUUCAGCCCUGCCAAAUUCGGACUUUGUUUGAAUAUAUAAGCGGACGCAUUGACCGCCGUUCCCUAUGACCAGACAUCGAAGAAAUCCGGCAAGUAUAUCAAGCAUUGUCGAGAAGAUUGAGGGCGUCAUUCACAGCACUAAGACCUGGUCGCCUGGCGACGAGCACUCAUUCGACGUCCGUUAUGCCGAUGUCAGCAUCCAGUUCAUCGGGGCCUCUGGUCUACCCAAAAUGGAUGUGGUUGGUACUGCCGACCCGUACUUCGUGGCAAGGAUUGAUGACCAGAUCUCACUUGUUUCCACGGUGAAAACGAAUACUUUGGCACCAGUAUGGAAUGAAGUUUGGCGGGUGAAGAAUGUUCCUGUUACCGCAGACCUUCUGGUCGAAGUUUUCGACAAAGACGACGGGGCACCCCAUGACGACUACAUUGGAAAGUUCAAAACCACCAUCACUGCCGGGGCAAAGGAGGCUGAGAUCGAGGGGCCUCUGCUCAGGCGCAGUAGGGGAACCUUCUGGCUCAAGAUUGACUCUCAACCAUCGAAAAGCAACCACGAAUGUCUGUAUCUUUUCGACGGCCCCAUACGCUACUCCCGUCAUUCUUCCCCUACAGUCGGCAUUCUGACAAACCUGGACAAUAACGCGCGGCGCUAUUUCACUUGGAAGAUUUUCGUCAUCGGAAUUCCUUUGUUUUUUAGGGAUGCCUAUCAGCAUUGGAAUGUCAAUUACAAAGCUGCACAGAAUAUUUUCCAGGGACCAGCAUCAAUUGCGGUGCGAUCGACCAUUCAAGCAGGUCACCGUAUGCUCUAUGCUCGCAAGUCGACCAACGGCUUUGGCCUCCUGGAAAAUGCUGGAGGCUUCAUAAAGCUCCUACACGGCGCCACGGAUAGUCGUUAUAUUGGUCCUACUUCUCGUAACGACUUUGCCCAUCGGGUAAAACCUGCUGUGUACACCUACAUUAUUUCCGCCGACGAUGAUUCGUUCCGUUUCUCGGAGACUGGAGCCGCUUUUUUCGUCGACUUUGCAUCGAAGCAUGCACUGCAUAGUAAUUGUGCCGAGACGGUACGAUACAGUGGUGAAUUCCAUCCAAGACCUGCUGGGGGAUGGGAUAACUUCAACGAUGAUGUCCCCGACGAUCAAGUCCAGUGGGAGUUAAUAAUUGACAACAACUCCGGAACGUACUCUCCUGAUUCUAAGAUGCUUCCGGUCUUGAAAGAACUGCUGGAAUAUAACUUUCCAGAUGUGGUGGUGUUUGCUUUAUCUCAUGAAGAUCCAGAGCUAGCCAAGAGCCGGGAAGCUUGUAGGACAUACGCUUUGAAAUGUCGAGAAAUCCAGAAGGAAGAGCUUCAGCCCCACUGCGCAGAAGGCGAGGUUACUUUGUCACACCAAGCCGCGGUUUGUGGUGGUGGUGGUGUCCAAUAGAUUUUUAAGUAUAUGCUAUUAUUACUGGCCGUGAUAUCCUAUUAUCUGUAUACUAUACAUAAUCGAUGUACUCAUAUUCUAGAGGAAUUGGCACAAGAUGGGUGAUUGCCUUAAAGCUGCGGCUAUGUAAUAUAGCCUCUCCCACCCAAAAAAAAAAGUGCCCACGGGGGAGCUGGACGUGCUAUCAAACAAGCAGUCAUGGGCAACCAAGCAGAGCAAAUUUGUGCCGUUUCGAUGGGUUAGGAAUGCGUUGGCAAGAGACAAGGUGGCGUAACAGGACAACAUCGACGCAUGUAAAGGUACUUCGGAGAAGGCAGGCUGCGUGGGUAAAGAGAAUGGCCACCUU